AUGUCAAAUAAUACGAAUUUCCAUCCCAGUACUUUUCUUCUUGGCAUUCCAGGGAUGGAGGCCAUCCACACUUGGCUGUCAGUGCCCUUCUGCCUUGUCUACUUGAGUGCUCUCAUGGGUAAUUUUGCUAUUCUAUUUAUUAUCAGAGCAGUCCAACUGCACCAGCCCAUGUUCUUCUUCCUCUGUAUGCUCUCUGUGGCUGACUUGAUCAUCUCCACUACUGCUGUGAUCAAAAUCCUCAGCAUUUUUUGGUUCCACGGCAGGGAGAUCUAUUUUGAAGUCUUCCUGGUACAAGUGUUUCUCAUUCAUUUACUAUGCAGCAUGGCAUCAGGUUUUAUCUUGGCCAUGGCCUUUGACAGGCAUGUGGCAAUCUGCGAUCCUCUGAGACAUUCUACUAUCUUGACACAUAGAGUCAUCAAGAACUUGGGGCUGGCUAUUGUCUUCCGUGGGGUUUUGCUCUUCAGCCCUCAACCCUUCAUGCUUUGGUGGCUUCCUUACUGUAGAACUAAUAUCAUCCCUCACACUUACUGUGAAUUUAUGGCUCUGAUCAAGCUUGCUUGUGCGGAAACCAGGAUCUGCAGAAUCUACAGUCUGACUGCUGCCUUCCUCACUGGAGGUUUAGAUUUACUACUGAUCCUAUGUUCCUAUGUUAUCAUCCUUUACACGGUUUUCCAUCUUCCAUCCAAGGCUGCACAACUCAAGACCUUGGGCACUUGUGGAUCCCAUGUAUGUGUGAUUUUAAUGGCCUACACUCCUGCUUUUUUCACUUUCCUUACUCACAGGUUUGGUCAACAUGUGGCUCCUCAUAUUCACAUCUUUGUGGCUAACAUCCACCUCCUUGUUCCACCCAUGGUGAACCCAAUGAUCUAUGGCAUUAGAACCAAGAGGAUCAGAGAUCGAUUCCUUCAAGCUUUUACAUUUCACAAAUUCUGA